UUUAUUGUUAGGGUUUAACCCUGUUGUUGAUAAUCAUGUUGAUAUCUGUUAGGGUUUUUGACGGUAUCACGAUUCUUAGUUAGGGUUCAUGAUUUUAGAAUCAGUAUACUGAUUUUUGUCAUUGAAAAUAAUUCUUGAUGUACAUAUUGAUUCAUUGGUAUUUGUUUUGGCUAAGUUCAUCAUUUAGGGUUUUGGAUGGUCAUUGAUAGUUUCACCAGAUCCAUCUUUCUACAGUAUUGAUGUUUUUAUAUUAUUUUUGUCAUUGAUUUGUUGAAAUUGUUGAUAUUAAGUAUCACAAGAUCUUUGUAUAUCUGGCUCUUUUUUUUUUCCUUCCAUAUAUGCUGUUAUUUUCAGUACCUAAUGGUUUGAUUUGUUGAUUUGCUUUUAAUUGAAAUUUGGUGAAAUCCGUGAUGCUCAAGCACUUGUUGCUGAUGGAGCAUUAUGCAGCCAGUUAACAGAUAUCCAUGUGGGUCCAUUUCAAGUUGUUAUAGAACAGAAUGAGAAUGGGGUCAGGGAUCUUGAAGAUUGGACUCCUGCAGAAACUGCAGCUCUGAGAGCUGGAGUUGGUCACUAUGGAGCUAACAAUCGCAAUCGGUGGAUGUAUAUAUUGCUCAGCCCUGCUUACAACUUUCAGGAUGGCCGUCUAGCUCAUCAGCUACGAGAAAUGAGGGAUAAGCUUUCAGAUUAUGAUGCAGCGGUGGCUGCUUCCCAGUACCUACAACUUAUGCAAGCUGCUACACUUGCAAUUCAACAAGAGGUUGCUGAAGACCUUGCUGCUCAGCAGCAGGUCGGAGAUCAAAAUAUUCAGGUAGCUAUUCAGGUAGCUGCUGAGGUUGCUUUAGAAGGAAAUAAUCUUCACCAGCAGGCAUUUGAGGUAGCUGGUGAAGUAGCUGGUGACCUACCUGUUGUUGGAGGCAUUGUUGAAGUAGCUGGUGACCUACCAGCUGUUCAUGAACAAGCGGGAGAUCAAAAUGUUCAGGUAGCUGCUGAUGUUUCCUUACAAGGAAAUAAUCUUCACCAGCAGGCAUUUGAGGUAGCUGGUGAAGUAGUUGGUAACCUACCUGGAGGCAUUGUUGAAGGAGCUGCUGAACCAGACAACCAUGCCGAAGAGGACUUGGCUGUUCAUGAACAAUUGUGUGUUGAGCCAAGGGUGGAAGUGGAGGAGAGUGCUUCUCCAUCAGAUGGCCCUCCUCACAAAAGGAGACAUGCUCCCUCUCGUGUCGAUCUUGCGCAACCCCCCGAUGUUCAGCCCUUUGAGGAAUGAGUUGUCGCCUGUUAAUUGUGAAUGGUUACAUUUAGUUGUCUCUGUUUAUAUCAUAGUAGCUUCUGAGUUUACAGAGGAUUUUAAACGAUGAUAGUAAUACUGUGAAGUAAUUUCUUGACCAUUUUGAAAUGCACAUGUAAUGGUGACAUUUUAUCUCUCGACCUUAUAUAAAUUAUUAAGACUCAUUGAGGAUGGGAUGGGCAUUCCUCCAUUA